CAUGGCCAGAGGUGGUUCCCGUAUGAAGAAAUCUUGUGAUUGUUGCAGAAGGUACUUGGAUCAUUUGGAAGAAAAGAAACAGAAUAUGACAUGUUUCCUCAGGCGUAUGACUGCCAAUUUCAGACAUAGCAUGAUGGUACCGAACAGAUUUCUGAAGCAUUUCGCAGGAAAGUUGUCAGGAACCAUCAAAUUAGAAUCCCCUAAUGGUAGUCUAUAUGAUGUUGAAGUUACAGAGCGUUUUAAUAAGAUGGUGCUAAGACAUGGAUGGGAGGCAUUUGUUGAUGCCCAUCACAUAGAGGAGAAUGACUCCUUGCUGUUUCAACACAUUGAGAAAUGUUGUUUUGAGGUUUUAAUCUUCGAUUCUGAUGGUUGUGAGAAAGUGUUUUCCUGUGCUGGCAUAAAAAACACCCCAAGUUUUCAAGAAACAAGUGUAGAUACUGUUGGUAUUUUAAGCAGCUCUCAGCACGAUGCCACAGAAUCAUCAGGAAGUGAAAGAUUCUCUAGGUAUCAAAAGGGUAGCUCCUGUCAUCGUGGGAAAACUAAAAAGAUGGCUGCAAUAUCCUUGUCAUCUGAGGAGUUAGGCGAAGACAUUCCAUCUGAAAACGAAUCUUCUGAGCCGGACGAUCUUCAGACACCCCUAGGGUCUGGUUAUGUUUUAUCACAAAGAAGUUAUCUAUCUGAAGCACAAAAGGAGAGAGUAAUUGCGCUUAUCCAGGAAAUUCAACCUGAAAGUACUGUUUUUGUAGCAGUCAUGAGGAAGAGCCAUGUUCAACCACCUAGUCCUUAUCUGGCUAUUUCCAAGGAAUAUGCAUUUGCACAUUUUCCACAUGAAAGCACGAAUGUCACACUUCAAAGGCCAGGAAAGAGCAAGAAGUGGCAUCCCAAAUUCUACAAAAGAAAAGAUAAAAGACUGUACAUGCUUAAGGGGCAGUGGUUAAACUUUGUCCGUGACAAUCAUGUGCAGGAGGGAGAUAUCUGCCUCUUUUUUCCGACAAAGUAUGGCAGAAGAUUCACAUUUACAGUCCAUCUAGUUCGCACAACAACAACUCAUUCCAGCGGUGGAGCUGGUUUUCGAAGGGUUGGCUCAUGCCAUGGUAGAUCAACCACAAAGAUGGCUUCAGCAGUUCAUGUUAAGGAGGAAUCAACCGAUGGAGAAAAUGUUUACUUGGAAACUGACAUGCAUGAAACUUUGCACGAAGAUCUAGAGAGCGACUCUGGUGGUCCUUCUGAGCCUCCCUACAUUGUACCAUGCAAUAGUUGUCUAUCUCAAUCCCAAAAGAAGAUUGUUGAAGAGAAAGUGCGAGCCAUCCAAUCCGAUGUCCCCAUUUUUGUAGCAAUCAUGAAUAAGAGCAAUGUUGGUGUCACUCAUGGCACGAUAGAAUUUGGUAGACGAUUUGCUGCUCCACAUCUUCCAGUUAGAGAGCAAACAGUGGUGCUGCAGUGCGGGAAGAAGAUAUGGAAGACCAAAAUGGUGAUUCGUAAAGGUAGAAGAAGGUGGUUCCUAUGUGGAGGUUGGCCCACAUUUGUUCUUGACAAUGGUCUGCGAGUUGGUGAUGUCUGUCUGUUCGAACUGAAGAAGAACGAGAGGAAGAUUACCAUGAAGGUCCAUACCAUUUUAAGGGAGCAGUUCUAAUUUGUAGUGGAAGAAAAUGGUGCCUUGCUGUUCUUUCUGCUGAUACCUCGUGGGUUAUUUUGCUUGUUUUGUACUCUGAAAUCGAUCCAUGUUGUG